AUGAGCACUGCAUCGAGUCCCGCACGUGGAAGGUUAAAUUCACCUCCAACAAACAAUAGCGCUUUUUCAGGGUUUGAUCGGCUAGGUAGCGUGAAAAGCUUUCUCGAUGAAUUAGCGACUAAUUAUAAUGAUUAUAAGAAUCCAGACAAUCAGGGACAUAAUGUUGAAAUAAUGGACAAGGAUGAAAUGCUUGGAUAUAAUGGACAAGUGGACCAUUAUCACAUUCAUGGAAUGACUGAUGGAUUAAUGAAGCACGGAAAAGAACAUCUCCAUCAACAACAUGAUGAACAUAGACAGCAUGCUAUGAAGAUGUGGUUUCAUUUCGGUUAUCAUGAAAUAAUUUUAUUCGAAUUUUGGCAAAUCGAAUCUUUGCACGGUCUCUUUCUUUCCUGUUUGUUGAUCUUCAUAAUGGCUUGUUUUUACGAAUGGAUUAAGUGGUUUCGUGUUUAUCUACAGCUUUCUACUGCACGAUGUCCAUCAAGUUGCCGUCAUACCAAUGAUGAAGGGAAGCAAGAUGAAAUAAAGCAAGACGACGACAAACGUAUUGACUGCAGUCGUUCCUUUGCAUCAUCUCCUCUAACGAUCACUUUACCACUUGGUUACCAGCAGGCAGUCCUUUAUCUUGUACAGCUAACGUUGGCGUAUUGCUUGAUGCUUAUUGCGAUGACAUAUAAUGUCUGGCUAACCGUAGCCGUAGUUGCGGGUGCAGCUUUCGGACAUUGGUUAUUUGCUAUUUUGAAAUGUUUUAAUCCACAGACUGAUAGUUUGGAUACGUUUUCUAGCGAUGCUUGCCAUUAA